CAGUCUGCCGCCCGAUCGCAGCAGCAUCCGAAAAGACUGUCCGGAAGGAAAAACACUAGCAUAUUAGCAGAGACAGAAGCGUUCUUCGUGCGUCUAUUGUUUUGUUUUGUGUGCUUAAACUGUAUACUGGCUGUAGGAUACGCUGUAAGUAAGAGGAAGGUGCAAUUCCUUUAACCGACGCUUGUCGCGGGCAACGACCGUGCUAUACAAAUACGGGGUCCGCGGUAUCGGUCGUCGUGCAAUGUGAAUGUUUUUCUUUUUCUGUUUUGUUGAACGCAUUUUAUCGCGUAUAGAGUGAAAAGCUAGUGCCGUCGUGUGGUCAUAUAUGCUGCUGUAGCGUGGCGUAGUGUAUAACCGCGGAUAAGUUAUAAAUCGAUCGUGAUAUAUCAGCUCGACGGGGCUUGUGACUUGAACGACAUAUUCUACAGUUAAUGUAGCAAGCGCACCGGAAAGCUGCAAUUAUCCAUCAUUUUCCAGCAGCAGAAGCGUCUGCCAAGAAGGAUUGCCUGUUGUUUGCCUUUACAGCACGUUCUAGUGCAUAUUCCCUGUAGCCCCGUUUUGAUGUACUGUUGGUGCAUGCGACUUCGGUGUUCCUCCCCCUCCGGGUGCAGUUCGUGAUGCACGGUUUCCCUGGCGACAGGCAAAGCGCAGCGCAGUUGAAAAAGGAAUGAAACUGCGUGUUCUGGUGAACUAUGACUAGUAGCCGCGGCGGCUGGGAUUCCGGCACCAAGUGCUGCCCUUAACGCUAUUCGCUAUUUAUCUCGCUGGUGUUGGUAGGGAAAUCAUUUCAUCAUCCCUUUUUUAUCUGAAAGGCGGAUUUCACACACUGCCACCGCUCCGGCAGCGCCUUUGCUGUAAAGAGGCGACGACCAUUUUGAAUCAAUCGAGUAGCGAAGGCAACGAUUUCCCGCGAGUGAAAAGUGUUUGUUCGCAUCGAAGGAGUUCCUCAGAACGAUCUUUUGCCGGGGAAGAUGGCAAAAUUACAAAGUCGAUCGACGAACGUGACGACUCGAGUGUAGCACACAAUAGCAGGGACGCGGUGAAAACAAGAAAAAAAGCAAUAGUUCAAACCACAUGUUUGACGGUGUGGAGAGUACCGCUUAACGACGGAACGGUUUAGCAAGUCUAGUGAAAUCUGUUGUUAGUCCACAUUUGGUGUGUUUAGUUGGUCCCUUUUUGUACUGCGUGUGUUUUUAAAGUAAAUAGAACGACGCUGGUGUAUAUGCCGUUGCGAUACUGCGUCACACAAGAAAGAAGCGAGUGAGCAGGAACGAGUAUCGCUUCGGAGUGAGACCGCAGCGUGUGUGCACGAAAGGGAUACCACACACGGGCGCGAGUGAGCGCGAUAACGAGAGAAAGCAACGCGCAACAACGCACAAGGCGUGCAAGGAAGGGGGAGAACAAAAUAAGAGAAAAAAGAGGAACAAGUGCGUGCCGGUGUGCCAACACACAGAUGAGAGCAGGACGCAUGAGUAAGCCGCCGACACAACGACGAAAGUACAGCAGCUUGCAUUGGGAGUAAAAUCUGGCAAAAGUGAAAGUACAGAAUUGACCGAAAGAAGAGAAAGGGAGAGCGAGGGGGACACAGUGGAAGAAGAGCCAACAAGACGGUGAUCGAAACCGCGCCAACGAUCGUCACAGCUCCCCCCGGGGGGGGUUCCGCCAUACCACUUUUCUCCUCGGCGCAUACCACAGAACAGGGGACUGCCGCACACAAACUGCUACGAAAAAAGGUCCAGUGCAGGGGGUAACACCCGCGUCCACCAUUCGCCAACCAAAGGGGACGAGAACGGAAGGAAGAAUAACGAACAACGAUUAUGGCACUGCUAUCCAAUGGUGCUUCCUCGAUGCAGAUAACGACCCAGCCGAACAACGGGGGUGGCCCCAACGGUGGCCCCGAUGGAUCCGGAGACUUCAAUUCGAACGACCGGCGACUCCUCUCGAGCCUGUUUACCACAUUGCCGUGUUGGGAUGCACCACCGCACAAAACGAGCUCCGGACCGGUUAUGGUUCCGCAAAGCAAUCACAACAAUUCGCUAGAUCGUGACAGCAUCAGUAUUACGGAGGACAUACUCUAUUCCAACGUAUUGGGUGCAAUCGGCUCGGGCAGCUCAACCGGUGGCGGUGGCGGAAGUGUUCCGGGAGCAGUUGGGUCCGGUAUCGGCAUAAUCGGGUUUUCGAAUGGCUCGAACGGUUCGAAUGCGGGCAUGAGCGGAGGAGGAAUGCUGGGUGCAAGCGACAUCUACGGUGCAAUAGGAACGGGGGCGACGUCUCAACACAUGAUGACGCCGAGCACGUCCCCACAGACAAACUCAUCCUCCUCCAACGGUAGCCACUGCCCGUCGUCGGUCGGUGCCAUCUGUGGUCGGUGCGAUACGCACGCUUCGAGCCGCUGUCUCGACUGUAACGACGUCCUGUGUGAGGACUGUACGCUCCUGCACGGGAAGAAUGCGUUCACGAAGGAACACCUCGUGAUCCCGAUCAACACGAUCUCACCGAUCGGCUCGGCUGCCUCCUGCCUAGUGGGCAACGGCAUUGCUGGCAACAGUGGUGCUAGUGUAGGAGGUGUUUGUGGUGGCGGUGGUGGUGGUGGUGGUGGUGGUGGAAGUGUCGGUGGUGUCCUUUCCGAGCCACACUGCGACGUACACGGGGAGGUGCUGCGCUAUCUCUGCGAGUCCUGCAAGAAGGUGGUUUGCCAAGAGUGCACACUGUGGGAUCACAAAGACCACUCCUGUAUUCCGGUGGCGAACGUGUCGCACGGUGCGCCGGAGAAGAUCAUGUCGAUAUUGGAGAGUGGCAAGCUAGGCACCAAGUACAUCAAGGCUAGCAUCGACCGGGCCGUCACGUACUCGCAGGCGGUGGAACGGGACGCAAUCGAAGCGUCGGCCCGCAUUCGCAAAGCCAUGCGCCAUUUCAUUCUGGCCGCUGAAGACCGCGAGCGGACGCUGCUCGAGCGCGUGGAUAAGUUUCGCCAGCAGAAGCUCACCUCGCUGUCGGACCAGAUGGCGGGCCUCCGGGCGGCCCUAGCCGGACUCUCGCAGACCGCAGAUAUGAUGACCAAGGCACUCGAUCUGGUGCCAGUGAUGAGCAGUAUGGAGAUCGCGCAAACGUUGACGACCGGUGAGAGCCAGAUGGAAAAGUUUGCCGCCAUGUACAAAAAUCUGCAACCGAAGGAGGAGUUUAUUACGUUCGUAGCGCCCAACUUUGAGUUACUGCAGGAGAUACGCAUGCAAGGUGACGUGAUGCUUGUUGGACAGCGCAGCAAUUCGGUGUCGUCGAAUGGGUCGGGAAGCGUAAGCCUAACUGGCUCGAACUGUGGUGGUGGUAGUGGCGGGAUGGGUUCUUCCAACGGUGGCCCAGGUGGUUGCUCUGGAGCGAGCGGAAACAUUCUUACCCGCCGACCGAUCGUGCGCAGUACGACACCGGCCCAGCGUAUCGGUUCGUCGAGCUGGGAUUCAAUGGGCGGUAAAAGUGGUGGUCCAUCCGGAUCAUCGUCCAUGUGUGUGGCGCUCGGAUCGUCACCAACAUCGUUUGGGCUCGGGCCCGUCCCAGGUGCGCCCAUCCUGGGUCAAUGCAUCCCAGGUUGUAGUAGCCACGUUUCGACCAAGCCGGCGAUCGGUCCCAGCCUUACGUUUGGUUUCGAUGGCCAUGAGGACGGGCAGGUAUCUCGCCCCUGGGGCAUUACCGUCGACAAAGACGGCCAUAUUCUCGUAGCCGAUCGACGCAACAAUCGCGUCCAGAUCUUCUACCCCGACGGUGCGUUCAAGCUGAAAUUCGGCUCCAAAGGUACGGCGAACGGGCAGUUCGAUCUUCCGGCCGGCAUCUGCACCGACGGCCAGGGACGCAUCAUCGUCGUCGACAAGGACAACCAUCGGGUGCAGGUAUUCACGGCUACCGGCACGUUCCUGCACAAGUUCGGUAGCUAUGGCAAGGAGUGCGGUCAGUUCCAGUACCCGUGGGACGUCGCCGUUAACACGAAAGGUGAAAUUCUGGUCACGGACUCGCGCAAUCACCGGAUCCAGUUGUUCAGCCCGGACGGUCUGUUCAUCUCACGCUACAGCUUCGACGGUGUUAACCAUAGCCGCUAUCUGAAGGGCCUGACGACGCCGCGUGGGGCAUGUUUCACACCGCAGGGUGAUAUUAUCAUCUCGGACUUUGAGAAUCAUCGGUUGCUGCUAAUCGAUUCAACACUCUCUAAGGUACUUGCCGCCAAAGGCCACGAAGGAUCAGCGAUACAUGAGUUCAGCCGACCGUCCGGCAUUUGCUGCGACGACGACGGACGCGUAAUCGUUGCCGAUUCGAAAAACCAGCGUGUGCUCAUAUUCACUCCCCAAUUAGAGUUCCUCUGGGCGGUCGAAAUCCGUCCCUCAUCGAACGGGUUGCUGUCGGUCGGCAUUGACGAGAAAGAUCGGCCGAGCGAUGUUGCCCUUCUACCAGACGGGCGACUCGUCGUGAUGGUGGAAACAUCUCCGGACGCACGAGAUCAGUGCAGUCCGCAGAAAACGUUCGUGCAAAUCUAUUAAACAGCGCCACACACCUCACAAGACACUAACAUAUGGGCCCGAGCGCGAACAUGUAACGAAUCAAACUGCCAAAAUUAUUAUCUUGAUCUAUUUUAUGUGACGCCAAGUUCAUAGCAAUUUGCGUAGAAUGGGUGCUAGCAAAAGAAGAAGGUUCGAUUUUUUUUUAAAUAGUAGAAAAUUUAACGCAACGUUUAUUUAUAAAGCAUUAUUUUGUAACGCAACGCUACUACCUCUAAAUGUAUGUUUGUGUGUGUAUGUGUGCUUGUUUGUCUUCUUAUUAUGAUUGUAAAUUGUUUUUAACCUCUCGCCUUUUUUGCGAAGGAAGAGAAAAUUAGAAAAUUAUACAACACUUUGUCCGGCUUUAGCCAAACGAACCGAAAAAAAAAUAAAUGAAACAAAGGGAACCAGAAGCUUACAAAGAAUUUAAAUCAGUCACUCUAAAGUACAAGAAAAAUUAGACAAAAAUCGAAGACAAACAGCAGAAGGCAAAAAGUAGAACAAGCGAUCUAUUCGUCGCGAGAAAAAUAGAGAAGCAAGAAAGAAGAAGGAGGAUAAACCGUUUUUAUCGAUCACGACGCGUCUUUUAUAAGUUUUCUUCAGUUGUAGCAAAUGGAUCAAAUCUAAAGAGACAAAGAAAGAGAACGAAAGUAAAGUAAACAUAAGACGUGGUCAAAUGUAGCGAGAGGGGCCCGAUGAUGCAUCGUAAAUAUAGUACAAUUUUUAGAAAUAACCUUACGCAUAUAUUAAGUUUGCCACCACAUUGUGGGAUAGGGAACUUUCUUAGCUGAAGGCACGGUUUAUGCGUACCAGAGGAAAGUGCAGUUUUAAUGAUUUUGUUUUACUGUUUUGCAAUGUAAGCUGACUAUUACUUUUUUCUCCCACCGAGCAGACGGAUGUUCGGAUGAGGUUGUGUUUGAGCUAGUGACAAUUUUGAGCUGGCAGAUGAUUUCAAUGAGAGUAGUUUGGCCACUUACUCUGGCAUUAGGCGUUCUUGGAGCGAGCAAAAUGUUCGAAACCCGUAUAAAAACAAUCUUAGCAAGAUUUAGCCUGUAAACGCGAGGAUCUUAGCUAUGCUAAUGCGAAAGAGGAACACAAAGAUGUACACUACAACUUAUUCAACAAGACUGACCAUGAAAAAAGAAGGAAAAACUAGCAACAUAAAGAAAGUUAGAGCAUGAUGAUUUAAACAAAUAUAAAGUAAAAUUUUAUAGCUAAUUGAUGCAUCAAUGCAAACCGAGACACAAACGGAGAAAACAUCCGCAAAGGUCCAUGCUAGCAUAUGACAGUGUUGUAUGGAUUGUAUAUCAUGACGCAAUAUUUGAUUCGAAGAAGGCAAAAGUAUUCAGUAUAGUGUAAUUUGUAAAAUUAGAGACCACGUUUCCACGAUUCCUAGACCUCUUUGUUUCGUUUUAAUGUGUAGUAUAAUUGACGAGGUUGUUUAUGUUUCACUCCAUCAUGUUGAAUUAACUACAGCACCCAAGAUUUAGGUUUUGUUUCAAAGCAAAGUCAUCAUCACAAUUUGUUUCGCUUUAUCGGAGAUAUAUAUGGUUUUGAACCAGGAGACUGAGUAACCGGAUGUUUUAUGCUCGUAGCAUUUUUAUGUAGCCUAUCAAACGAUUGUAUUUAAUUAGGAAUAUGGUAAGGCUUGUGUGCCCAGAAUAAUACGAUCGUCGUUUUACACCUGAGUUUAAUAGAGGCAUUUUAAUUGUUUCCCAUA